AUGAUACAACUAUCGUCACUAAGACUGGCUGUAAAAUUACACGACAAGACGGCUCAUAAUGCUUUUGAACAAUCCACUGACAUCCUUGCAAACGAUUUGAAAGUAAACAACACUCUCACUCAACUUGAUCUUCGCCGGAACGAAAUAUCCGAUAGAGAAGGUGAAGCACUAGCAGAAGCACUGAAAGUAAACAACACUCUCACUAAACUUGAUCUUCGCCGGAACGAAAUAUCCGAUAGAGAAGGUGAAGCACUAGCAGAAGCACUGAAAGUAAACAACACUCUCACUAAACUUGAUCUUGAAGGCAACAAAAUAUGCGAUAGAGGAGGUGAAGCACUAGCAGAAGCACUGAAAGUAAAUAAUACUCUCAGUAAACUUGAUCUUAGAGACAACAAAAUAUGCGAUAGAGGAGGUGAAGCACUAGCAGACACACUGAAAAUAAACAACACUCUCAGUAUACUUCAUCUUCGAAACAACCAAAUAUCCGAUAGAGGAGGUGAAGCACUAGCAGAAGCAUUGAAAGUAAACAACACCCUCACUCAACUUGAUCUUGCAGUCAACAAAAUAUCCGAUAGAGGAGGUGAAGCACUAGCAGAAGCACUGAAAGUAAACAACACUCUCACUAAACUUGAUCUUUACAGAAACAAAAUAUCCGAUAGAGGAGGUGAAGCACUAGCAGAAGCACUGAAAGUAAAC